AAAUCUAAGAUAUAGAUACAAUUUCUGGGAAACUCCAUUAUUACAGGGCUGAUGGGUUGAAAAUUUUGAAGAAAAGCUUCACCUACUACGUCUUUAUAAACCAAUUAUACAGUCUGAUCAGUUUAAAUUGAUUCUACCAUUCUUUCUUGAUUAUAUGGAUUCUCUAAAGAAACUGAAUUCCGUCUAUAGGCUUAGUAGAAACCGAUGGCAUAUAGCUUAUGCGGCUAUCUGUUCUGCAAGAGCCUUCUGCAAUCCUCUCAAAUCCUCAGAACCUCGUAGUUAUUCGAGGAUCCCAACCGAGAGUUACAUUAUUGAUGCUGUUCAACUUUCAUCUCGAGACAUUAACCAGUCAAGGCUCAGACACUUGGUUGAUAAAAAAGAUCUGGAUCAUCUUGGCGCUCUUGGUGGUGUAAAAGGCUUGAUGUCUGCUCUCAAAACAGACGGGGAGCGUGGAAUACUUGCAGAUUCUGAUGAUAUUUCACAACGUCAGGAAGCCUUUGGGAUGAACACUUACCCUAGGCCGCCUGCAAAGAGUCUUUUUAGCUUUGUCGUAGAACAAUUGAAAGAUACAACCGUUAUCAUUAUCCUUGUUUGUGCUGUACUUGCUCUUGUUUUUGGCAUGAUCGAGUAUGGAGCAGAAGGAUGGUACCUUGGGGUGAGUGUAUUUACAUCCGUUCUUUUUGUGAUCUGCAUUUCAGUAGCUGUUAACUUAAAGCAUGACAGACUCUUCCGCAAGUUGUCUAUGGCUAGUAACAAUAAUAUUCAAAUGGAGGUCCUGCGAAGUGGAAUGCUUCUGCACAUUUCAGUGGAUGAUAUUGUCGUGGGAGAUGUUGUAUGCUUGAAGACUGGUGAUCGAGUCCCUGCUGAUGGACUGUUAAUAGAGGGUCAUUCUCUACAAAUUGAUGAAGCAAGCAUGACUGGAGAGAGUGAUCAUGUGAAAGUUGAUCUCCAUGAAAAUCCGUUUCUGCGUUCUGGUACAGAAGUGGUAGAUGGACAUGCCAAGUUUUUAGUUACAUCUGUUGGCAUCAAUACGGCAUGGGGAGAGACAAUGAGAUCCAUCAGUCAUGAUUCCAGUGAAGAAACGCCUCUCCAAUCCCGACUCAACAAACUCUUUUCAUUAAUAGGUAAUACUGGUUUGGCAGUCGGUUUAGUAGAAUUUGUAAUCUUGUUGAUUAGGUAUUUGACGGGCAAUUCUGAGGAUGAGGAUGGACAGACUAAGCCCAAAGGUGUUGUGGGAAUUAUCGCUUAUUCACUUACCUUAAUAGUUGUUAUGAUUCCUGAGGGGUUGUCUUUGGCUGUCACCUUAACACGUUAUUACUCAACCAGGAGGAUGUUUGCUCGUCAGCCUGUGGCGAAGCAGAUAUCUUCUUGUGAGACUAUGGGCAGUGUCACGGCUAUUUGUAUGGAUAAAACGGGUACUCUCACAAUAAAUAAAAUGGAGGUCACCAAAUUUCUGCUUGGACAAGAGUUCAUUGAAAAAUUUAAUUAUACUUUAAUUGCUUCUAGUGUUAUGGAACUCUUUCACCAAGGAGUUGGCUUAAACACCACUGGUAGUGUUUACAAGACUGAUUCAGGAUCUAAGUUGGAGUUUUCAGGCAGUCCUACUGAAAAAGCACUUCUUUCUUGGGGUGUCCUGGAGUUGAAUAUGAAUUUUGAGUUGUUGAAAAGAAGUUCUGAACUUCUACAUGAGGAAGCAUUCAGUUCCGAGAAAAAGAGAAGCGGGAUCCUAAUGAAGAAAAAUGGAGAUAACACUAUGCAUAUGCAUUGGAAAGGAGCUGCAGAGAUUAUUAUAGCAAUGUGCACUCACUACUAUGACUCACUGGGAAACGUGAAAGUUAUGGAAGAUACUGAAAGGGAGAACCUUAACCAACUGGUUCAAGGUAUGGCUGCAAGUAGUCUCAGGUGCAUUGGAUUUGCGCAUAAAGAAGUCUAUGAACAUGAACUCAAUGAUGGAGAAGCACAAUUAAAAGAAAACAAUUAUACCCUAUUGGGUGUAGUUGGAAUGAAGGAUCCAUGCCGACCUGGUGUGAGAAAAGCAGUCCAAGAUUGCCAACGUGCUGGAGUGAAUGUAAAGAUGAUAACUGGAGACAAUGUUUUCACUGCAAAAGCAAUCGCCAUUGAAUGCGGGAUACUAAGGCCUGACCAGGACAUGGAUGGAGCAGUGGUGGAGGGUGAAGAGUUCCGAAACUACACCCAAGUGGAGCGGUUAAAGAAACUUGAUACAAUUUGUUUGAUGGCAAGAUCUUCACCUUCUGACAAGCUUCUAAUGGUAAAAUGCCUCAAACAAAAGAGACACAUGGUCGCAGUAACUGGAGAUGGGACCAAUGAUGCACCUGCAAUAAAAGAAGCCGAUAUUGGUCUAUCAAUGGGAAUCCAGGGCACUGAAGUUGCAAAAGAGAGUUCAGAUAUCAUUAUAUUGGGUGAUAGUUUUGCAUCUGUCGUAGCUGUUCUAAAAUUAGGAAGAAAUGUUUAUAACAACAUUCAGAAGUUCCUUCAGUUUCAACUGACAGUAAAUGUAGCAACUCUAGUAAUCAACUUUGUGUUGGAUAUAUCAGUCGGAGAAACACCAUUAACAUCAGUCCAGUUAGUUUGGAUAAAUCUCAUUAUGGACUUGUUGGGAGCCCUUGCCCUUGCUGCUGAACAUCCAGGCAAGGAGAUUCUGGACAUGCAGCCUGUGAGUCGCAAGGAGCCAAUUAUUUCAAAUAUAAUGUGGAGGAACCUGAUAGCCCAAGCGUUGUUUCAGAGUAUAGUUUUCUUGACAUUGCAAUACUAUGCUUUUUUGCAGUUUGGAGGGCAAACAAUCUACAAUGUUGAUGAAAGCAUAAAAGAUACUAUGCUUUUUAAUAUCUUUGUCCUUUGCCAGAUUUUCAAUCUGUUCAAUGCAAGGAAGCUAGAAAACAAGAAUAUUUUCGAGGGAAUACACAAGAACAAGAUGUUUCUCGGAAUUACUGGGAUCACAAUCCUCGUCCAAGUUGUAAUGGUGGAAUUCCUAAACAACUUUACAGGAACAGAGAAGCUAUAUUUGGGGGAAUGGGGAGCAUGUAUUGGUAUAGCAAUUCUAUCCUGGCCUAUUGGUAUCCUGGUAAAGUACAUCCCUGUUCCACACAAAACCAUCUUUCAGAUUUCCCAAGACGAAGAAGUUGGGGAAGAACUCGAUGAAGUUGAGGAAGAACUUGAUGAACUCGGGGAAGAACUCGAUGCACUUGGGGAAGUACUUGGAGGACUAAUAAAUUAAUAUCUUGGAGUAGUUAAAGGUUGGUAUUUUUUUCUGGUUUAUUAGUGUUUGGUUUUCUUUUCUUGCUUAAAUUUUUUGAAAGUCUUUUCUUGGUUCUCAGUUCUACUACACGCUGGACUAUCCCUGCCAAUGCUAGUAAAAAUCAGUUAUAUAUAAUUUUUCUCUAGCUACUUCUACGCAAUACAGUAAUUGCAGUAUAAUGUUUAAUUGGUUUAUAGCAUACUGCUGUGGGGGCUCUUUCGUCUCCCCAAAGACUUCUUUGCUGCAACAUUAGUUCUUUUUUAGUUUAGGACUUCUCAUUUAUCGAUGACGACGAUUUUUUUUAAAAUGAAAUAAAACCUGCAGACAAUUGGCAGCACAUUUAUGUUCAGCAUGAUAGAAUUCUAAUCCUGCUGACUCCCGUAAUCGAUGAGUCUCUAAGUGAACAUCAGGCAAGUGGUUAUUUGUUGGCAUGCUUGGAAAUAAGGAAUAACUCUUUUUUCUGUCAUUCCUUUGUUUGCCAUUCUUUUUUUUUUUUUUAAGGAUUUGCUCGCCUAGUGCAACCUAUAGGAUUCCUUUAAUCUCGCCUGCUAUACAUUCCAUAGCAUUCCGCUAAUUUUUAUUUGGUUCCACAGCCGUCGCUAUCAAUGCUAAACUAUCUCUGUUGUUCAAAUGCAUGGCAGAAUAUUCUACAGCUUUUGCAGGAGGAUUUUAGAUUUUUCCUGAAAGAGUAAAAAAAUUCCUUUCUUAAUGUAACCGGAAGCAAAAUGGGGAUUGGGGAUUGGAACUCGUUGUCAAGAAACUAUUAAUGGGUUCAGAUCUUUAAAAUUGCACAAUAUGUGAAAGAGAUCAUAAUCUGUGCCAUCGGUUUCUAUUAAGGCUACAGACGGACUUCAGUUCCUUUAGAGAAUCCAUGCAACCAAGAGUACUGUAAUCAAGAAAGAUGGUAGAAUCAAUGUAGAACUUUCAGAUAUAAGCUGGAGAAAGCGUAAUGAUCAGACUGUAUAAUUACCUUAUAAAGACGUAGUAAGUAAGGCUCUUCUUCAACAUUUUCAACCCAUCAGCCACUUAAUAAUGGAGAUGACAAAUGCCGUUUCCCAGAAAUUGUAUAACAGUUUGGUGUUUGGCCAAACAUUAAACACGCUGACAUGUCCAUGUACUAUAUAAGGAAUUAUGUCACUGUUAUCACUUGUUUUGCUAACUUUUUGUUGUAUGAAAGAUGUGACAGACAAGGAAGAAAACAAAGCGUUAAGCCAAAUCCCUGUCAUUCAUAUCGAUACUGCAACGACAUGGUGGAUCAGUGGAGAACGUCUAAGAGAUCCCGCGUAAGGUGUCCCAAUCACUGACAUUAACUAAUUAUUGAUUAGGAAGGUUUGUUAGUAGAAUUCUUAUCUGCUACUCCCUCUGAUUCUAAUUACUUUUCCCGUUUGAAAUGUCGGCACUGUUCAUAACACGAGACAAAUUACUAAUUUACGUCUAAUCUAUAAAAUAAAAUAUAGUCAUGAGUGAUCUUGUUGGAUUCGUAUUUAUGAGUACUUUAAUACAGUGAAAGUUUUAUA